CGGUUUGCGCAUGUGCAUGGUCACACUAAUUACUCAGUUUCCCAGAAAUCCGAAUAACGCAUGCGCAGAGGGGGUUGCCUGACCGUGGUAAACAGACGUCAGAAGGGAGUCUUCGCCUCGAGUCAAAACAAAACAAAACAAGUCAAAAGAUCCCGAAGGAGUGAAAAUUAGGUCCACGGAAACGUCCGGAGGUUUUACAAAACUCGCCAGUGUUUAGAACGGUUACUUGGGAGAAGUUAUCGGAGGCUUUUCGCGGACUUUUUCACGGAUUGUAAACUCUGGAGUAGCAGGAGCUUAACCAGCUAACGUUACGGAGGCUAUCGUGCUGUUUUCAAAGUGCGGCGAGUGGGAGCCGACAGACCGCCGAGGCGACCCAACUUCACCCAGCGCCGGGGAAUCCGCUUUCUAGUGCGUUCGCUGAGACCGCUGCGCGGGGAUUGGCCGAGCUGCGGGCCGUGCGGGUCGAGGGGGUUGUGUAACCGCUCCUUGGAGCAUCGUGUGCGGCGGCAGGAGUGUGGAGAAACAUGGCAGAUGGUGACAUGCGCCCGGCCGCAAUGUGGCUGAUCGUGCAGACCUGAGGCUCAGACUUUUCUUACGGACAUUUGUAUAAUUCUUACACUUUUUCUGAACUCCAAUAUUACCCAGACCGGCUCUAAGUGUUCCCUCCACUUCAGUUUGGUUGGUGAUUUGCUGCGGCUCUGACCCUCAGGCCAGAGACGUUUUGUUUUUUCCAAUUUUUGGCCGUCGCUUAGAACAGUUUUUUGAACAAUCAGACAUUUUACCAGGAUUGGAUUGGAUUGGAUCCUAAACUCUUACUGCGUUCUAGUCAUUGUUGGAUUUUAGAAAAAAAAAAAGUUUGUGUGGAGUUAUUUUGGCCGGGGAGAGCCUAGACAUCACUUUGUUUACAAGUGUAGACAGACGGUCUCUCCUGGGAACGUCCUUUGUAACAGUAGCCAGCUAAUCCCUUUUUGUAGCGUUUAUAGAUUUAAAAAAAUAACUACCAGGUUUGAAUAUGAUCAUUUUUAUAGAAUUUGGUCCGAAACUGAUUCUGAAUUUUAUAGUUUUCCGCUAAAUUAUAAUCUUAUAUUUUGAAAAUAUAUAUAUACUUUUAUAAGAUAUAUCUUUUUGACAGAUAUUUAAAUAGUUAAUACUUUAGGAAUUCAAUAGGCACGACCUAUUAAUUAGUUUUCAGGUGAGCUAGAACCUCUGUCAAGCCAGAUGUUUGGAUGCUCUCUGCCACUUCUGUUUUUUAUUUCACUCAAACAAAGGAACUCCCAUCCCAACCAUCCUUCAAUCUAUAUAAAUCAGAAGGUUUAUGAUAGUUACUAUUAAGGAGAUUAUUUGGGUUCCCUAAUCUCCAAUCUGAGGAUUAACCCGGGCUAUUGGUGUGUCCAGAUUAUUACGUCUCUUUUGUAGGCUCCUCAGUGGGUGAAGCAUAUUGUUUUUAUUUUGUUUUCAGGUGUGCUUUUUUAGCAGCCGCCUUAAAGUGACGUUUGCCUUUUAAAGGUAGAUGUUUUAAGUGCAUCCCAUCUUUCUGGUUGCGUGGAAAUUGAGCGAGCCGCCAUGGAGGAGUCACCGCUGCCCCCGAUUGACCCAGAUUUUGAGCCGCAGAGCAGACCCCGCUCCUGCACGUGGCCGCUGCCGAGACCCGACAUCUCUGCUGUCAAACCCGAGGGCGCGGAUGGCACCGAGUCCGCCGCCGGGACCCCGCCCGCCGACGAGGACAAGUCCGAGCCGCAGCAAAUCACGUCCGAGCCCGAGAAAGCGGCGGCGGCGGUGGAGGGCGGAGUCGUGGCCGGCGUGGGCGGGGCCGGCGUGACUCCACGCAAGGGAUCGUCCCGGCGCAACGCGUGGGGGAACCAGAGUUACGCGGACCUGAUCAGCCAGGCCAUCGAGAACUCGCCCGAGAAGAGGCUGACCCUGGCACAGAUCUACGAGUGGAUGGUGAAAACAGUGCCUUACUUCCGAGACAAAGGAGACAGCAACAGCUCAGCAGGCUGGAAGAAUUCAAUCCGCCACAACUUAUCACUCCAUAACAAGUUCUUGAGGGUUCACAAUGAGUCAACAGGUAAGAGCUCCUGGUGGAUGCUCAACCCAGAAGGAGGAAAGACUGGGAAAGCUCCACGCCGCCGGGCCGCCUCCAUGGACAACAGCAGCAAACUGCUGAAGAGUCGCAUGAGGGCCAAGCAGACGAAGAAGCAGGCUGGAGCUGCUGGUCUGGGAGCCAGCAGCGCGGCACUGCAGGGUGACGGCAGCACAGGUUCAGCUGGCGCAGACAGUCCCAAUUCAUCCCAGCAGUUUCCCAAAUGGGUCAACAACAGCAGCCCCUCGUCCCGCGGCAGCAUGGACGACAACGACAUGUGGACCACCUUCCGUCCACGCACGAGCUCCAACGCCAGCACCCUCAGCGGACGCCUGUCUCCCAUUGCUCCUGGACAGGAGGACGACGACAACCUGCCCGACGACGGGCUGCUGGGGAGAUACGCCGGCAGCAGCCUGACCCCUACUCUCACUGAGACCCUCAUGGAGGAGUUGGAUCUGAUCGACGGCCUGACACUGAUGACUGGGCCUCAGGGAGGAGCCAGCCCCAGCACAGCUCCGCCAGCACCUCCCACUCCACUGCCCUCUGCCUCCACCCUCCUGCCCCGUGGCUCCGGCUUCUCCUCCUUCCAUCAUCUGCAGCCAUCCAGCCUCCCGCAGGCCCCUGUUCACAACGGGACCCAGGCCUCUGUGUCUCAGUGUGGCCCCAGCAACAAAGAGCCAUCAACCUUCAGCAACUCCCUCUUCAACCCAAUGUCCAGCUCCGGCUCUCGUGGCACUGGACAGUACAACCCCCACGUACCCUCCAGCCUGGAGGCGCUGCUCACUUCUGAUUCCCCUCCUCCAACCGAUGUCCUGAUGUCCCAAGUGGACCCCAUGGCCAAUUCCGGAGGUGUAGGCCUGAUGGGUUUGGGCUCAUCAUCUAAACCCAAUCAGCUGCUUCUGAGUAAAGGACUAGAGCCUAACAGAGUGGCCCCCAUGGCGCUGCAGGCCCAGAUGCAGCCACAGCAGCACCACAUCCACCACCAGCCGCGCCAGCAGCAGCCACAACAGCAGCAACAGCACCAGCACCACUCGCAGAUGGAGUUGGGGAUGAUCCUCUCAGGAAUGUCUCAGGACCCACCUCAGCUCUCAACUGUCAAAAUCCAGCAUGGGACGCUGUCUGCUGUGUCUGCUGCUGCUGUAAAUACUCACCAUGGCAUCAGUUCGACUAAUCCCAACGCGGCUCUGCAGGCGAUGGCUCAGUUCCCAGCGCCCUCCUGCUUCCCCACCAUUCAGGACCGACUGCCCACAGACUUGGACAUAGACAUGUUCACCGAAAACCUGGAUUGUGAUGUGGAUUACAUCAUCAACAGUGACCUCAUGGACGGAGACGGCAUCGAUUUCAACUUUGACCCCAUACUGCCAGGGGCCCAAGGCUACCCAGGCCCGGCCACCACACAGGGCUCUGCUCACAACUGGGUGCCCAGUUAGGUCCUGAGCGGAUCCCACACUGUCAGCCAGGAAGUGAUCACCAAUCAAAACAACCUCACAGGUGCAGUCAGCCUCCCUGCUGGACAAAGAUACUGCUUUCAAAUUCAACGCUACUCUCAGACUUUAAAGACAAAAGCCAGACCUCAGUCAUGUCACGUGCCAAGACAUGUAGAGGACAGGGGGCAGAUUCAGGCUACUAUGCACACUUUCUUUUUUUUCCAGUUUUUUAAAAAAUGACAUUAACACUUGCAACACUGGCUGCUGGCCAUUUGAUUUGAUGAGUGAGGAGACGUGUGGCAUCAUGUUUUUAGUGUGAAGAGACCUUCACCAGAAGAGCUUUAAGAUGAUUACAGUACCCUUUGAUCUCAAAGGGUUUGGUAUCCCCUCGGUUUACUGCAUUGGGCCCAAAAGGCCAGAUUUCCAUCAACACAUGCCGAACGUGACUGAACACCUGAAGGAGGUGCGAUGACUCUGCUGCGCCUUCCUCCAGAGGAAGGGUUUCACCACAGGAGUUGAUGAAUAUUGAGCACAGUGACUGUUUUGUGCACAAGUGAACAAUUCAAAACUGGAUGACUAGAGUUGGAGCAUUUUUGACUCCGCGUUGGCUUCACAUCUCGCCAAAAUGCGCAUCUGAACUCUGAUUAUGUGUACGAAUUAUGUUUCUCAUGUUGGAGGAGCAGAAUGGUAGAUGAUGAUGCAUCUGUUUCUCCAACAGUCAAGAGCGUAUUUGCAGUUUGGCAUUUUUGACUUCAAUCCAGUGUGGUUACGUAGAUGUCAGUUUUUUUAAUCCCUGAUGUGCAGUUAAACUAACCAAAUGAAGAAAUGUGAUUUGUGACUUUACACACGGGGCAUUCACGUGUAGUUUUAUUUGCCAACCAGUGAUUCGUUGGCCAAGUAUUAUAUUGUCUUGGACAGUAAUACGCCUCAACUGUCAGAUGGUCUACCUGAUUUCCUUUCUUCAAUCCCAUGCAUUUUCAGAGCACUUAGGUUUCCUGCGACACAGGGACCCCAAACUAAGAGACAGCAUCCACGUUGGAUUGUACUAUUUCAUCAUGGAUUUAAGUCCUGUACGAGAAAAGACACGGCGCACCUGUUGCACAGGCGCGUCGCACCAUGCAGAUUUAUCAGAAGAACAAAAUGAAAUCUUGAAGGAAAUUUGAAAAAUGUCUUCUUGAAGGGUUUUGCUAUUUAACGUGUGUCAGUGAGGUGACAGUGGGUGUGGGUGCUUGAUGUCAGAAUAUCCUCCCACUUUAAUUCUUCAGAACUAGCGUUCCAGGAAAUUAAUUCACUGUGUGAGACGUUCAAAAAAAGAAUUUAUUUGAUUAUAGUUUUAAUAUACAAUUUAGAUGGAGGUAAUAAAUGAGAUAUUAAUACAUAAGAAUAUAUUACUAAUGACAAGUGAUGUUUUUUACAUUGGAGGAAGAAUUUUCAGAUCGUUUUUAACGGUAAUUUUCUAUACUUUUAUUUUUGUAAAGGAUGAACUGCAUGUAGAUUUUUUAAAUAACCAAAGGAACACUAAUAUUUGCAUUUGCAUGGCAUUUAGAGUGAGCUUCAGCCUGACACAGUAUCUCAUUGUACAUACGCUUCGCAAAAGGCGCCUGUAACAUCAAAUUUGACAGAUACUUGACCUUUUAUAACUAAAAGUUUCCUGUCUCUGCCUCAAUGUCUUUCUGUGCACAGUUAAAAGGAAUCUGUGCUGGAAACCUUUGUCGUCCCACUUUCUCAUCUCAGAUUGAGACUAAUAACACAGCCUUUACCUCUCAGGGUCACUCAGAAGAAAAGCAGCAGGAAAACAGUCCUGCACAAAUAUAAUCGCACCACGUGACUAAAGCAAAUGCGAAAUUCGUUUCACGCCUCUUUCUUUUUUCUCGACGGACUGAAAGUAAUCGGCACGUCUUUGCUUUGUUUUUGUUUUUAAGUAGUUGAAUUGGCUGCAGCCAUGUUUAGCAGUACUAGGCUCUGCUCCUCCUUUGGCCAAACUUAAAACACUAGAGCGUUCUGUAGCAAAAUGGACUUUAAUCGCUCUCCCCAUUGAAGAUCUUGUGUUUUGUGCUUGUAUUUAAUUACACAUCAGAAACCAUCCCUGUAGUUUAAACUCAGCAUUCAUCAUUUCACUGUAGUCGUGUUAGCCUCUGCUUUGUAUAAAGUUUCUCUUCCCCACUAAUGUUUUUGUUUUCUAUUGAAUGGUGCUAGAUGUCAUGUGUAUUGUAACCUGAGGUACGCCACGCUGCAGUGGGUGCGUAUCAGGGCCUUUGUUAAAUUGUUUCAUUUUCUCUAUUCAUCACGAUCAUCUCAAUGUUUUUAUUUUUCUGUAUCAUAACCCCCCCCCAACCUGGUCCCAAACUAAAGACCAGCUUGUUAAAACUGCAUGAUUUACCUUUUAAUUUACAUUGUAACAUAAUUAUUUUAGGAAGCUGUAUAUGCAACGACCCCCUUUUUGACUUCACAAUGGUCAGGUGUUGGUAAUGUUAUUAACAGCUGAUAGGAUGGUUGCAGCAGGUGAAGGCGGGCAGUGUGUGUGAAUCUGCUGCACCAGGUUUUGUUGUCUGUAGUUUACUGUUUCCUAUUAAAACAGACAGGCAAGCUGUUAAUUCCCUUGUAUGCCCCCCUCCUAAUUAAUCACAAUUAUUUACUUUUUCUUCCGUAUAGUCGUAAGCAUGUAGUCCCCUUUACAUUUGUUUUGAAAUUUAAAAUUGCCCUACUUGAUCCAGUAUUUAGCAUUUGAUAUUUUGUAUUUUGACUUUCCAUAGUGGAGGGUGAGGGGGUCAGGGGACUGAUGAGCUGUGCAUAAGCCAAUUAUGACUUUUGAUUAAUGUUGAUAGUUUUUUUUCUUCUCUGCCCCUUCAGUCUUUACACAUUAUAAAGUCAGCCAGAGGUGAGAAACUUUUCUGAACAGCAGAAAUAAAUUCAAUAAAAUGUUUAACCCA